CUUCUCAUCAUGAUCAUCCUUGUCCAGUGGCGCGAAUACCCUCAGAGACACGAGAUACGUCGGGCUGUCCUGGCUUCGUUUUACCCCGUCACAUUUACUCGUGUAUACGUGCAGGAAAUCGAGUUCUCUAUAAUCGUGGGCGGCCGAACGACUAUUGCCGGGGACGUUGUGAUAUGGAGAAUUCACUAUCGUGCCCUGUUUUGCCUAUUCGGGCUGGUUGUGACUGAGGUUUAGGCAGGUGCAGAUGAUGAGGGAUAGAUGGUCGUUUCCUUCCUCGCCUCCUCCUCAAGGCUCCUCGUGACUUCGUUGUGUCCGGCAGAGACUGUCGCCAGCUUCGUUAUGCAAGAAGUAAGAUGAUGGGGACCAACCAGAGGCACACAUGAUGAGGAUAGGUGUUGUGGAGCUGGAAGUGGUGAUAUCAUGAUGGUGAUGAUGGUGAUGAUGAUGAAGAGGACGAGUAAGAUGAUGGCGACCAUGCCGACGACGAUGCGAUAUUCGUUUUUCGGACAGUGGCAUGGUAGUAGUAGUCGAACAUUUAAGCCCAGUAGCAAGAGUGCAACGUGGGACACAGGCACAGUACGGUGGGAAGGAUCAUGGUCAAGAAGCAGGUUCUGGAUUCCAUCGAGUGACAGUGCUUACGGUUAAUCUAGUCGGGCGAGGGCAGACGCCAACCAGUGGGGAGAUACGAAGUUAAUCAUUAAUCGGUCGAUGCAGUAACCAGUCGACCAUGCAAUCAAUCAGUCUGUAUGGUUCGGUCUUGCAUCAUCAGGGCUUUCGGUGGAAUUGAACGCCAUGCUAGAUCCUGGCUUCCGGCGUGAGGGGGAAAAGGGCUCCAGUGUACUCUCGGUCAGGUAGGGCAACAGCAGCAUCAGGCUGUAUCGACGAUCGUGCGAAUGAACCAAUAGUCCACGGGAGUAGGAGCCAACAUCCAAUGAUCAGCCAGCCUCCAAUUAUCAGUUCGGACCGGGCCACGAUGCGCAACGCAUCUGCGACUCGAUUAUUCUGUCCAGGCGCAAGCGAAGCGAUGAGGAAAGAGAAAAAGAAAGAGGGCGAACAAAAAAGGAAGAGCAGGCAGGGCAAAGGCUCUGCUCGUGACUUUUUCGUCGAAGCUCCGUGCUCAUCUACGAGUUGAUGGAAAGCAAAGGGACUACGUUCUUCUGCUUGCGGGUGCUGUCGACAGCCCUCUAGGUUUUCGGAAGGAGGGUGGGGGCAUGAUUCAGGAAGACGUGGCGGUGGCGAUGGCGUUGGCGUUUGCGUCGUGGGGGAGAGGUGGAGCGUGGGGCCUGUGUAAGAAGUCCAGCAGACAACGAGUGGAUAAUGGGGAGUACAUUGGAGGGUUGGGAGGCGGGCAGGAGCCGAGGAGACGGGUGCUUGUCUGGUGCCGUGGUGGGGGCAUGAUUCAGGAAGACGUGGUGGUGGCGAUGGCGUUGGCUUUUGCGUCGUGGGGAAGAGGGGGCGCGUGGGGCCUGUGUAAGAAGUCCAGCAGACAACGAGUGGAUAAUGGGGAGUACAUUGCGGCGGGCAGGAGCCGAGGAGACGGGUGCUUGUCUGGUGCCGUGGUGGGGGUGGAGAACGGGAGCUGCCUCUGGAAGGCAGGGCCAACGGGGAGCUGCCUCUGGAAGGCAGGGCCAACGGGGAGCUGCCUCUGGAAGGCAGGGCCAACGGGGAGCUGCCUCUGCAAGGCAGGGCCAGAGGAAUUUCGCGAAUGCCUUUCCCACCCAUUUAGUUGUGAUUAGGCAUUAUAGAGUGAUUUGCAGCACAUACAGGGGGAGAGAUGUGUGAAUAGGGGGACGGCUUAUCAUGCAUGCCAGGCAUGGUGAACAUUCUGCGCCUCAUGACCACAGCGCGUUGUCCUUGGCACGUGUAUACCAAGCUUGCAGGGGAGAACCUGGCCUUGGGAGAAGGGUUUUCGCGGAAACGGAGAGGGAAUUAGGGAAGGGAGGGCGUAUUGGGGAAAAAAGAAUGCGGGAAACGCAACGGAGGUGGCGGAAGAUGAGAAGAGGGGAGUGGGUGCUUUCUGGAAUAAAUGAGGAUUUCCCGCAAGAUACGAGUACAUUGUGGAGGUCUUUUGCUGCUACACACACACGGGAACUCCCCCGCAGAGAGAAGGGUCAUUGAGGUAUCUAGCUUUGUAGCGUGUCUCGCAUCUUACACUCGCGUGCGUAGAGCAUGAGCACGGGUGAGAAAUCAUACGCGCACUCAUAUUGGAUGCUUCCUUUUUCCUCUUUGAUAAGGGAGGGAGUUAUACUGACUUCCUUGCAUUUCAUAUUUUGCAUUCGGAGGCUUUUCGCCGCUCAGAUGCCGAUGGCCUUUUCAAUUGUCCUCGUUUUUGCUUUAGUUAGGGUGUACCUUUUACUUUAUACGCUUCGGUAACGGUAGCCACGACGAUCACACUGAAGAAGCUGCGAGCGGGCGCGAGUUUCUUGAUGACGUUUAUUCCGAGUUGGAUGCCCAUGACAGGCAAGUGUAGGAACGAGAGGGGCAUGCAGGGAGGGACAUCAAUGAAGGACGUAGGGGGUGUGUUGUUGUCGUUUGUCGUGACGAGAAUGAGUCAGUCAACUCGCCAGCGCGAGCGUCACCAUUCGAGAGGCAACCAAACCUGAACAAGCAAAACGACGGGAAAGAAAGGGAGGCGGCAGGGGAGGGGAGUAGCAGAAAGAGGGGCAGGCCCGGGGGGGGGGGGGGGGUGCAGGAGGUAGUACGGAGAGGAAAGAAGCACAGGACAUGAAGUGGCAAAGAGAAAGUAUUGGAAAUCGGGGGGCGGGGGGCGUGGGCUUCAACAAAUUCGGGUGCAGGAGGUAGUACGGAGAAGAAAGAAGCACAGGACAUGAAGUGGCAAAGAGAAGGUAGUGGAAAUCGGGGGGCGGGGGGCGUGGGCUUCAACAAAUUCGGGCGGUGCAGAAUUUGGAUUCCUCGAUGAAUGGCGGGCCGAAGAAUGAUCUCGACGAUUCAGCUUGCGGGUGGAGAGAGUCAUCGACAGAUGGCCGCGUCGUCCGCAGGGAUGAGCUUUGUGCAAUAUGAAGAGCGGGAUUUUGUUUUUGUUUUGCAUUUUCGCUUUCGGGUGUGUUUUGUGAGUUGUUACGCCUUUCGUCCAAAGGAAGAAGAAGAUGGACGAGAGGUGAGGAUGGCAUCAAGGCCAGCUUUACUGAUGUAAACCACCAAUUUGUUAUCAUCUCCUUGGCCAUGACGAAUUUGAACAACGUGGCGAACUGGAGAGGCCCUUUGUACAACACAACAAUAGCAACAGGAGUGCGAGUGCGCCAAGCUUCGAUAGGACGAACGACCGAUCGUUUGUUAUCAUGGAAGGGUUUUCUUUCCGACCAAACAAGGGCUAGCAAUUGCCACUGCUUUGCGCUUUUAAUACUCUAUUUAUACGGACUUUCUCUUUUGAGACGGACACCGGAGUCUGUUGGAGGUUGGGGUCCACACACACAACCUGUUUAGUUCGCUUUUGUCAUUGUCGAAAUUUCGUUUGAAUUUUUCGGCCGAGCGAUGACUGUGCAGUAGUGCGGUAGGUCAGUAGUAGCGCUGUAAACCGCCGGUAGGUCUGGGGGGGCACGAAUAGGAGUCUGAGAAGAGGAGAGAGAGGGGGGAAGUGGGGGGAGGAGGGAGAUGAGGAGGAGGAGAAGGAGCAUUGUUGAGCUACCCUGGGAUCUGUCUCCUCGGUAGGGAUUUGGCACUUGAUUUGCAGCCCACGUGAGUCAUCUGAUACAUGGGCAAAGAGGCACCGUCUUGAUAGACGGAGUACAGUUCUCUCCCUCGUGCUGGGUUGAUUGGUCGGUGAGUGAUAGAGUUUUUGAGGAGGCCACGUUGUCGGAAAGGGUUGUGAACUUGGUUGCAAUAAUUAGAACGAGAUAGCUAUAGUUUGGAUAUAAGGCGCGACCCAGAUAGGCCAACUUGGGAGCCAGAGGGCACAGGCGACUUUGACGAGUGUUGUGAAGUGGCACAGACCCACAGAUCCACCAACUGGUCUGUUGGGGGGUGGGUGUGCGGACAGGAGAACUUGAAAAAUUGACGGUUAGAUAGGAUAUUGUACGGUACCAGCAGUGUACCUUGCUGACGAGGACAUUCACUUUUGCAGAGGCGGCUUUUUGUUAGGUUCUCUCUUCACACAGCAGUGUACUUUGCUGAAGAUGACGUUCACUUGUGCAGAAACGGCUUUUAUAAUUGGGUUCUCUCUUCUAUGCGGCUGUCACCGGUUUGGUUUGCGAGGACAUCGGUGGACAUCAGUGGCUUGUCGUACACUUGGCUUGGACUCGGGUCGAUUAGGGUUUCAGCUACCCGUUGUUGUUUUCUUGGAUAAGGGUGAUGUUUCACAUAUUGCACACACAAACACACACGCACACACACACACACACACACACACAGAGAGAGAGAGAGAGAGAGAGAGAGAGAGAGAGAGAGAGAGAGAGAGAGAGAGAGAGAGAGAGAGGGUUGUGCGAACUCGCAUCACCGCCAUCACCUGUGACAUAGAGAUGACAAGGCAAACCGACAGAGGUGUGGGGCUUUUGGUCCCCCCUUAAAUAAUUGCACUGUGAUUCCAUUGUGAUUACAGCAGUUGUGAGGGAAGGGGCGUAAUGGCAGUACACCUCCAGUCGGGCACCAUCACUUUGAACGCAAGUUAGAUGGGAUGACUGUGCCGAUGGACUACGGUUGCGGUCGUGAUAUCCCAUGUACCUAUUAACUGAAUAGGUAUGAGCUGGCGAAAGGAAAGUUGUUAUUGCUCUUGCUUGAUAGUUAUUGGAGCAUUUGCCUA